UCUUCUCCCCCUCCUCCUUCCCCACCCCCGCCCUCCCGCCUCCCUCCUCCUUCCCCUCCCCCGCCGACCCGCCCACCUCUUCUGCCCCCCAAGUUCUCCCCGCCACCACCCCCGAUCACCUAUUGGGCCACAUCCGCUUCUACUGCAAAGGACCCCUUGGGCUUCAGCACCACCGGGGGUGCCGUGGCUAAGCUGCUGGGGGCGCCCAAUGCUAAUGUAUUGAAGGCCAUAGCAAAGGGGGUCUGCAAGCCUGGGGACGCCGCCAACCGAUGGAUUCCAUCACUCGAGACUCCUCGUACCGCGGUGCUGUACUUCAACCAGACCCCUGCUGCCAAGGUCAGCCGGGUGGGGGCGGUGGUGGCCUACGUGCUUAACCGCGGAACCAUCGACCCAGCCAUCGCCUCCAUUGAGCUGCUGCUGCAGACGCCGAGCCAGCAGGCCACCAACGCCACUCAGCAGCAGUGGGUCAACAUUUAUAGGGGCAGCAGCUCGGACCAGCAGCUGACGUGCCCCGGACUCAACCGCUUCCCAGUGUCCGCCGCCGCCCUGCAACCUCCAGUCUCUGCGGCUGUGUUUGCGGCGGCUGAGGUGGUGGGUGUACGGCUCAAUGUCGGCGCCGGCGCCACCUCCAAUAAGGCCAACCUGCCGCAGAUGGCGGCGAUGGGACUGCAGAUGGCGUGAGCGAGGGCGUUGUCGGCCCAGAUGAUGGACGAUGAUGCCCUUACUUGCGCACAUUGUGGUUUGUUAUCUUGGUUUGUACGCGUGUGCGUGUUUGCUUACUUCCUUGCUAAAUGUUUCCUUCUAAGGUUUCCGUUUCCUGGUGUGCUGCUAUGUGUAUCAUGCGCACGCGCUGCUGCCAUUUUUUUGUGAGCGUUGUUGUUGUGUCCUGGUAUGUGUGUUUUGCUGUUCUGCCCUAGUUUUGCAUGUAGAGGUUUUUGCUGAGGGGCCGUUUCUUGGCUUCUACCCUCGUUUUUACCUCUCUUGUGGUCACUUUUGGGCUCUGAUGCCUGUUUCCUGCUGGCCCGUUGUGGUGUUGUCAUUACGGCGUGUUCCGUUUCUCUUGCAGUGUCGGGUUCGGUUCAUGACCCGUGUUCCCUUUAGGGUACCAUCCUAACGGUCAUCCAUUCACAUCCACUGAGUUGGGGAAAUGAUACUGGCGCGUCAGGUGUGUGUGGCGUGUGCUAGGCGGCGGUCGCGCUACCCGUGCGUGGGGUGUUUUUCUGUCCUUGUCCUCUGCACGCAUGCACAGGGGGCGCUUGUUAGGUAUCAAAUAAAGUCGUUUGUUGCCCGUCUAUUCCUUAUAGGCUCAUUUGCUUGUGUCCGAGCUGUACGAGUGUUAUUACCGUACAAGCGCAUACUGUGCACCUACCCGUACACUCACCCGUUCAUUGCGUGUGGAUGGUAAGUUAUCAAAAUGUUGCCUAACGGCCGGCAACUAACACUUCUUUCCUAGUGUUGUUGGAUUUGCCGCACUGUGUGUUCAUUGGCGUCACUAAGUCGUCAUGCAUGCUUCUUAUUAUUAGGAGAACUGCUUUGUCAUACAUGUUGGGUGAAGCUCCCGCCGUACGUGAAGCGGCUUUUGAGCAGUACCGGUAUUGCCAUUACUUGUGUUGUGAUCUGCUGCUUGCGGCGGCUGUGCCGGCUUCCUGGAUGGGCAGAGGCCCUGCCCGCGACAAUGACAACCAAAAACUAUGACUACACCACUUAAGUUAUUGGCCAAACUGGCCAUGGGACCUAGUUGGU